UUCUUAAAAACGAACAAAAUCGAUGUAUUAAGUGCUGACUAUAACUCUAACUAUGGACCAUAAAAGAAAGAGAGGGUGUGGAUAACAUAGAAGGAGGGAAAUGAAGAGCUGGGGAUAAUCGGAUGUGGUUUUGGAUUUCCUCGUCGUGUUAUUGAUGGAGAUAUAUAUGUACGUGUCCAAGUGUCUCCUAGCCAUCCUGUCAAAAAGAAAUUUGGAACUUCCAUGCACGUACGUACGUCCAUGUGGUGUGGUGGUGCCAGUUGUUUGCUACAUCGUUUUCAGGUUACAGUCGAGAGAGAGAGAUCGGAGAUAUUAUUGGCCUCGGAGUUUUUUAUUCGGAUCGUUUGGGGUUUAUGCCGAUCCAGAAGAAAUAAAAACAUCAUACGAUUUUUAUGGUGAUAGAUAGUGUUCUUUCUUGGGCUUUUGGCCUGCAUAUCCAAAACAAAGCACGGUAUAUCGAUAUGGAUCAAAUUGGUACAUGCAAAAGUGACGUAACUCGGAGUGACAGAGACCGAACUACCUCAACAAGACAGCAGCCCAGAUUGUUAAGAAUCUGGGCCUCUCAAGUCGUGCGAACCAUAUCCAUAAGACGAUAAACAAAUGGGGAUUUCCGGAUAGCACGCACAAGUGGGUGGGACCUCGAAAUCGUUGGCAGGAUGGCUCUCCAUUUCCAGCCCCAAUCUUCUUCCAAUCUUUCUCUGCUCUGUAUGUCACUCUCCAAAAACCAAGGAAAUUUCAAGUAGGAGAGAGAGAUUGUUCAACGUUUAGUUGAGCAAUGGAGACCCUAAUUAUACCCUGCAACUCUUGCACUCCUGCGCCAAUCCCAUCCAAACUAGGCAACCAAUCCAACUUCUCACCCAAAUCCACACUCUCUUUCGCCGAAAAACCACACCCAAAAGUUGCAGACUCUUACUUGAAUUACCUUCGCAAAAAUGGGCGCCUUAGCGAGGCCAUAACAGCUCUUGAUUCCGUUGCUCAACGCGGGUCCAAGGUAAAGCCCAAAACCUAUCUUAAUCUGUUACAGUCUUGCAUUGAUGCGAAUUGUAUUCACUUGGGUCGGAAGCUACAUGCACGUAUUGAUUUAGUCGAGGAGGUGAACCCGUUCGUGGAGACCAAGAUCGUGGGCAUGUAUGCUAAAUGUGGGUGCUUGGAUGAUGCGCGUAAAGUGUUUUAUGAAAUACGUGAGAAAAACUUGUACACUUGGUCGGCGAUGAUUGGUGCCUGUUCGAGAGAGCAGAGAUGGAGGGAAGUGGUGGAACUUUUCUUUGAUAUGAUGAAAGGUGGUUUUGUCCCUGAUAGUUUUUUGUUCCCAAAGAUCUUGCAGGCAUGUGCGAAUUGCAGGGAUUUUGGGACUGGGAAGCUGAUACAUUCCUUGGUUGUUCGUUGUGGGAUGAGUCGUUGCUUGCGCGUUAACAAUUCAAUUUUGGCUGUAUAUGCAAAGAGCGGGAAAUUGAGUUCUGCGAGGAGGUUUUUCGAAAACAUGGAUGAGCGGGAUAGGGUGACUUGGAAUGCAAUCAUAUCUGGGUAUUGCCAGAAGGGUGAUAACGAGGAAGCUCGUAGAUUGUUUGAUGCAAUGCGUGAAGAAGGGGUUGAACCAGGCUCAGUGACUUGGAACAUAUUGAUUGCUAGUUAUAACCAGUUAGGGCAUUGCGACGUUGCCAUGGAACUGAUGAGGAAGAUGGAUAGUUUUGGAAUAACUCCCGAUGUCUUUACUUGGACUUCUAUGAUUUCGGGGUUUGCUCAAAACAACAAGAGAAGUCAGGCGUUGGAUUUGCUGAAGGAUAUGCUUUGGGAAGGGGUUGAACCAAAUGGGGUUACGCUUACAAGUGCAAUUUCAGCUUGUGCGUCUCUGAAAUCGCUAGACAAGGGAAUGGAAAUCCAUUCUAUUGCUGUUAAGAAGGGUUUAAUAUGUGAUGUAUUGGUUGGAAAUUCACUUGUUGACAUGUAUUCCAAGUGUGGAGACUUGGAAGCAGCACAACAAGUCUUUGAUAUGAUCUUAGAGAAAGAUGCAUACACUUGGAACUCAAUGAUCGGAGGAUAUUGCCACACUGGCUACUGUGGUAAAGCCCAUCUUCUCUUUAUGAAAAUGAAGGAAUCUGGUGUACCACCUAAUGUUGUCACGUGGAAUGUGAUGAUCUCGGGAUUUAUACAGAAUGGAGAUGAGGAUCAAGCCAUGGACCUGUUUCACAUGAUGGAGAAGGAUGGGAAAAUUAGGCGUAAUACAGCUUCAUGGAAUUCUCUUAUUGCUGGUUACCUGCAUAUUGGGGAAAAGAACAAAGCGUUUGGAAUAUUUAGACAAAUGCAGUCUUCCUUUGUUAUUCCCAACUCAGUCACAAUUUUAAGUGUCCUACCUGCGUGUGCAAAUUUAGUUGCGGGGAAGAAGGUAAAAGAAAUCCACAGUUGUGUGAUCCGUAGAAACUUGGAGACCGAACUUUCUAUAGCAAAUUCACUUAUUGACACUUAUGCGAAGUCGGGGAAUAUAGCCUAUUCAAGAACAAUAUUUGAUGGAAUGUCUUCCAAAGACAUCAUCACCUGGAACUCAUUGAUUGGUGGUUCUGUUUUACAUGGUUAUGCAGAUAAUGCACUUGAUCUGUUUAAUCAGAUGAAGAAGCUCGGAUUCAGACCCAAUAGAGGUACCUUUGUGAACGUUAUCUUUGCCUACAGUCUUGCUGGAAUGGUGGAUGAGGGGGAGAAAGCUUUUUCUAGCAUCACUGAAGAGUUUCAAAUUAUACCAGCUUUGGAGCAUUAUUCAGCUAUGGUAUGCCUGUAUGGCCGUGCAGGGAGGCUUUCAAAGGCAAUGGAGUUUAUUGAAGAUAUGCCCAUUGAACCUGAUUCCUCUACUUGGGCUGCCUUACUCACUGGCUGUAGGAUUCAUGGAAAUAUUGGCUUGGCAAUUCGUGCAGGAGAAAGUUUGCUUGACUUAGAACCGGGGAAUAUCCUGAUUCACGAGUUAAUUCUCGAGGCAUAUGCUUUAUGUGGGAAGUUUGGGGAUGCUUCCAAAACGAGAAAGCUUGAAACAGAGAAUGCAUCAAAAAAUUCUCUAGGGCAAUGCUGGAUUGAAGUUAGAAACAUAGUCCAUACGUUUCUUGCGGGUGAUCAAUCCUCAGAUGUGCUAUAUCAUUGGAUACAAAGAAUACAAGAUAAAGUUAAGGGACAUGAUAUUCAACAUGGGCUUUGCAUUGGGGAGGAAGAGAGGGAAGAGAUUGGUGGAGUUCAUAGUGAAAAACUUGCAUUUGCUUUCGCCAUGGUAGGCUUUAAUGCACCUAAAGUUAUAAGGAUCGUAAAAAACCGGAGAAUGUGUGAUGAUUGCCACAGGACAGCCAAAUAUAUCUCUGCGGCAUAUGGAUCAGAAAUAUACUUGAACGACUCACAGUGUUUCCACUAUUUUAAAAAUGGUCAUUGUUCUUGUAAGGAUUAUUGGUAGAGUUGGAAUACAAACUGUUGAAGUCCCCAGAUCUGCUUCAUCAAAAUCAUAGAGGCUUUUUGGAGGGUUCAAAAUUUCUUUAAGCUGUCAUGGUUCUUGUAAUGACAUGAUGGAGAUUCACUUUGUAUUCACAUUCAGGCAAUUUCUGACCAGGAGAUAUGCUUCCAAAUGUCCAUAUACUUAAUUGGUAAGAAUUGCAUUCGCGAUUGGCUUUUGCACUGUGAAUUCUUGACCUUGUCACUAUGAGCAGGUAUAUUUUGAGAAAUAGUUCUUUCACUGGUCUGUAGCGAUCGCUGCCAAGGAAGAUAAUGCUUUCUUCAAUAGGCGUAGUUUCAAGGGUUCUAUCAUCUAUGUUCUCAGAAGUUCCAAAAUGGUAUCCACUGAUCAUGAAUGAAGCCCUCACGUCCUGCGUUGCAUCUCUUGCAGCCGUUGGAUCGAGACUUGUCAAUUAGAAGAAUGUGAAUCUGUGAUGCCCGCUUCCUUUCUUGUUAGUAACAGGUGGCACGUCCUAAAUUGACCAUUUGUACUCCAAACUGUCACAGUUUAAUAAUUUGCAUUUCUAUUUAAGAUUUAAAUAUUGAAGUAAAUGAAAAAAAAAAGGUCCGCUUUGCAACGGUCGGGCUAAUAAACGU